CUUUCCCCCGCGACAUCUCCCCAAUUGCCCCAAGAGAUGCAGACAUGGCGGCGGACAUUCUCCACAUCAGUUGCUCGGCUGAAUCAUAAGCCAGCAGCGAGGGCCGCCAGCCCCGCGCUGGUCCGUUGCGCGCAGGCCCUCCAGCAAAGCCGGGGAUCUAGUCUGGAGGACCAGGAGAUCAGCUUCAACGGGUUCAUCCGCUCUGUUCGCAAGCAGAAACGCAUUGCCUUCGCAGAGAUCUCCGAUGGCUCGACGGUCAAACCUCUGCAGGCUGUUUUGACCCCGUCGCAGGCGGCCGAACUAUCUACUGGCACAGCGGUGGAGAUAUCCGGCAUAUGGAAGGCAUGUCCCCCUGGCAAGGAGCAAACGCAUGAGCUCCAGGCGACAGCCGUGAACGUGGUGGGCAAAACAGACCCGGAGACCUACCCGAUCCAGAAGAAAUACCACAGUCCCGACUUCCUCCGUCAGAUCCCCCAUCUCCGCCUGAGAACGUCGUUCAACUCCCUCCUCUCGCGCUUCCGAUCUGAAUGCCUAUACCAACUCGGGAACGUGUUUCGCUCUGCCCCCAAUGGCGGCUUCAUACAGGUGCACCCGCCGCUCAUCACGUCUUCGGACUGCGAAGGUGCGGGGGAGACAUUCUCGGUCGUCCCCCGGGAGCAAAUGGGAACAACUCCCGCCGAGGGCGAACAUUUCUUCCGCGCCCCCAAGUACCUCACGGUAUCUUCGCAGUUGCAUCUCGAAGCCUACGCGGCCGAGCUGGGGAACGUGUGGACCAUGUCGCCCAUGUUCCGGGCCGAGAAGAGCGACACGCCGCGCCAUCUCAGCGAAUUCUACAUGUUGGAAGCCGAGGCCAACUUCAUGAGCGACCUGGACUCCCUCACCGACAUGGUCGAGUACCUGCUCCGCGACCUCACCCGGCGCCUCCACGAGACGUCUGUUGGACAGGAAAUACUCACCGUGAAACGGUCCAGCGAGUCCGAGGAAUCCUCCACUCCCGUUGACCUGCGCCAGCGCUGGCAAGACAUGAUCGCCGGGCCGAAAUGGCGACGAAUGACCUACACCGAAGCGAUCGAGCUCCUCCAAGAAGCCGUCACCGCCGACUCCGCCUCAUUUGAAUACCCCCCGACCUGGACCGGCGGCCUGCAGCUCGAGCACGAGAAAUACAUCGUCGACGUGCUCAACAACGGCCACCCGGUUUUCGUGACCGACUACCCCAAGACCAUCAAGCCGUUCUACAUGGCCCCGUCCCACGCAACCGCCACAACCCCCACGGCGAAACCCGAAGUCGCAGGCGGCUCCCUCCGCGAACACCGUCUCGCGGAGAUCAUCACGAACAUGCGCGAGCACGGCCUGAUCAAGCGCGGGGACGAAACCACCAGCACCACCGGCAGCACCGGCAGCAGUAGCCCGGAAGGCGAACCGGUAUACCCUCAUCUCCUCCCCGGCGAAGACCUCAGCCACCUGCAAUGGUACGCCGACCUCCGGCGAUGGGGCACGGCGCCACACGGAGGCUUCGGACUAGGAUUCGACCGGUUCCUGGGGUAUUUGGCCGGCGUGUCCAGCGUGCGGGACGUGGUCGCGUUUCCGAGAUAUUACGGACGGGCGGAUUGCUAGUCGGGAUCUCGGGAUCCUUGGAGACAAACCAGCAUGGAAUACUGACUGGGUGUAUAUUAUUGACAUGGAUAGAGAGAUAGACAGGGAAUAUGAAUCAGGCAAAAGAAACACGGUAUGUAUGACCAGGUAGAUAGGUAGGUAGCUAG